AUGCUCAAGACUGGAAGAAAUGUCCAUGUGAGUCUAGUGACCACGUUCUUCCUCUCCGGCCUUCCCCACCCACCAGCCCUGGACACCACACUCUUUGGAAUUUUCCUGCUCGUUUACAUUCUCACUGUGCUGGGCAACCUCCUCAUUCUUCAUGUGAUCAGGGUGAAUUCUCACCUCCACACACCCAUGUACUACUUCCUCACCAACCUCUCCUUUAUUGACAUGUGGUUCUCUACAGUCACAGUACCCAAAAUGUUGAUGACCUUGGUGACCCCAGAGGGCAAGGCUAUCUCCUUCUACAGCUGUGUGGCACAGCUCUACUCCUUCCACUUCCUGGGGAGCACUGAGUGUUUCCUCUACACAGUCAUGUCCUAUGAUCGCUAUCUGGCCAUCAGUUACCCACUCAGGUACAGCAGCAUGAUGAGCUGGAGAGCGUGUGCCCUCCUGGCUGCUGGCACUUGGCUCAGUGGGUCCCUGCACUCUGCUGUCCAGACCGUGCUCACCUUCCGUUUGCCCUACUGUGGGCCCAGACAGAUCCAGCACUACUUCUGUGAUGCACCACCCAUCCUCAAGCUGGCCUGUGCAGAUACCUCAGUGAAUGAGAUGGUCAUCUUUGUGAACAUUGGGGUGGUGGCCUCAGGCUGCUUCCUGCUGAUCGUGCUCUCCUAUGUGUCCAUUGUCUGCUCCAUCCUGAAGAUCCGCACCUCAGAGGGCCGACACAGAGCCUUCCAGACCUGUGCCUCCCACUGCAUCGUGGUCCUCUGUUUCUUUGUGCCCUGUGUUUUUAUCUACUUGAGACCAGGUUCCAAGGAUGCUGUGGAUGGCAUUGUGGCUGUUUUCUACACUGUGCUGACACCCCUACUGAACCCUAUUGUGUACACCCUGAGGAACAAGGAGGUGAAGAUAGCAUUGUUGAAGAUAACGGACAAAGUGACACAUUUUCAUACUGAGUAA